GGUAAAUUGCUGCUCUGCAGUGCCGGGAAAACACUUUUCAUGUAUUUCAGCUCUACUUCAACUUGUACUGCACAAAAUGUACUUCCUCCUCUCUGUCCUAGGUUAUUUGCCACAGGGGAACAACAACAAACAGCCCACUAAUAUAAACCUGCAGGUGACCAAUAAUACUAUGGUCGUUCAGAGCCUGGGGCUCCCUACACAUCAGCCUGACAACUGCACUGGCCCCUCAGUUUUCUCCCAUUCUGUUGGCCUGGUUGUGCCCUUCACGGAUACCAGGUCUUUACUGUCAAGGGAAUCUCUUGCUUCCACCACCCUCAGCAUUCCUGACACUCAGUCCAUUCGGAGCAGCCGGCAGGACUGGCCAUACGGAUACAGAGUGCUCCCCCCUCUGUGUUCCCAGCAGUGCUAUAAUCCGAUCGGCGAGGAGGGCACAGAGGCACUCAGCCUCCCGCCCGGCACUGCCAUGUCCGGGGCGACCAGCAUCUCCAACUCGGCUUCUUUGCCCGCGUAUCUGUUUGGCGGGGGCGAUGGCCCAGGCUCGGGGCUGUCUGCCCGCUCCAAGAAGAGGGCGCUGUCUAUGUCGCCGCUCUCGGACAGCAUCGGCCUCGACCUAAACUCCAUCAUCCGCACUUCGCCCACCUCUCUGGUGGCGUACAUCAACGGCUCGCGGAUCUCGCCGGCCUCCCACCCGGCGCUGUCGCCCCAGCAGCCCGAGGUGUAUGGGCACUUCCUAGGGGUGAAGGGCCGCUGUAUCCCCAGUCCCAAAGUCGGCCCCGCGCUAGCGGUGACUGUAACCACAGACAGCCACCCUAAUCCUGAGUGUGCACGGAUGCAGAGGCUAGAGCAGACGGGCUCCCUGGAAGGCCAACUGGCCAACAUGGCGGUGGGUCAACAGCAGCUGCCCAUCACACGUCUCUCCAUGGCGAGGGGCGUGGAUGGGCAGGGCAGCGCAGAUGACUGUGUGCAUCGGUCUUUACAGCUACAACUAGAGCUGUCUACUAUUAUCACUGCUCCCACUCCUCCGCGAGGCCCUCCUCCACCCUACCACUCCUACAAGCACAUACCCGUCCUGGGGCAUUCUCACGAACCCGAGGUCCCCUUGGGUCUUCCUGGCGAGGGUAGCAUUAGCCCCAGCAGCCUUCCCAAGGCUUCAUGCCCCAUACUGGAAGAUGAAGAUGGGGAACUGGAAGAUUUCAGCGGGGGCUACUGCUGCCGCUGGGUGGACUGUAGCGCCAUCUAUAGCCAGCGGGAGGAUAUGGUGAAACACAUCGAGAAGCUUCACGUGGACCAGCGCAAGGGAGAGGAUUUCACCUGCUACUGGGCAGGAUGCCCGCGCAGACGGAAGCCUUUCAACGCUCGCUACAAGCUGCUCAUCCACAUGAGGGUUCACUCCGGGGAGAAGCCCAACAAGUGCACGUUUGAGGGCUGUCAGAAGGCCUUCUCCCGUCUGGAGAACCUGAAGAUUCAUCUGCGCAGCCACACAGGUGAGAAGCCCUACGUGUGCCAACACUCCGGUUGCUACAAGGCCUUCAGUAACUCCAGCGACCGCGCCAAACACCAGCGCACCCACCUCGACACCAAGCCGUAUGCAUGCCAGGUGCAGGGUUGCCUGAAGCGCUAUACAGACCCAAGCUCUCUACGCAAGCAUGUGAAGUCACACUCCACCAAGGAACAGCAGGCUAGGAAAAAGUUAAGACAAAGCACAGAUUUGGGACAGGAUGCACUGUCAGGAUGCUUGACAAUCCAGCCUCUACAAGCUUGCCUCUCCCCCAUGGAUAUGAUUGACGGCAGGCUGUGCCAAUCCCCUGACCCACCAAAGGACUUGUACUCUGGUGUGUUCUCACCCAACCAGUCCUGCAGCAACGCAUCUGCUCCACUAUCUGGCCCAGCCCAGAACAGCCCACGCCUGCCUGUCCUGUCCCCUCUUCACGACUCCUGCAGAUUUGCGGCCCCUUCACCUCAUCACCUGUCCGCUCCCCAUCCACCCUGUGGCACAGGUGCCCUCCAGAGGACCAGUCGAACUCAGUCUCACCUGGCUCCUCCUGACACUCACCUCCAUGCUCACCUGCAAGGUUUCUCCAGCCAUAUCCAUAUGGCGUGUGCGCCAUCAUAUGAUGACUCACCUCAGAUCACAGGGCCGGCCACGGCCUGUUCCAUCAUGCAGACCCCAGCAUUUGAGGAUGUCCUGCCUGCCCCCACCACCUCCCAAUCCGAUCUGGACUUGGUGCACAGAGCCCUGUCAGGGAUCACAGUAUAUGACAUCCAAGGUGAGUCUCAGGACUUCCUUAUAGACCCUGGACUGCAGGUAUCAGAUGGCAGCUACCUACACAUCGGUGGCAUGGAGCGCUGUCCCAGCCAACUGUCCUGUAUCUACACUGAGGGAUGACAUUUCCACUCUAAAACCGUGGAUCUGUGACCUGAUGAGCCACGAGAGAGUAUUAGCAUCACAACUUAACCGAACCUUUAAUAUCUUCUGAUUAACAGUUUAGAUAGACUGAGGUCUUUAUGUUGAUGUACAGCUCUGAAUCCAUUUUGUAUGUAAUUUUUUUUAAGCUACUGGGAAAUAACAGAAUGUCCAGCCUACAUUGGAAACAUUAUUUAGCUUGUUGCACAUGGUUUCUUUUAACUCUAAUAACCUGGUACUAACGACCACAGAGUGCCUUUUAAACAACCUAUGUCACGAUUAUGCCUUGAUAUAAAUCUAUUUGAAUCU